AAAAACAGGAAAUUCUGUAGAUACCAAAAGUUCGAGACGUUUUCAAGGCAAAGGUGGGUGUGCUACGAGAAUAAAAACCUGCGUUCACGGACACAUUCGGAGCUUAUAACGAUUUUCUCGCCGAUGUGGGGGACGUGAUUUCGCUUCCCGCUGUUUUGAUUAGGUGUGGACGAGUAAGGAAAGGCCAAAUAAUGAAUUGACUUUGCCACCUGCUACAAAUGGCCUGCUGUGAAAGCAAUAAGGGGAGUUUGGAGGAAGACAGCUAUGAUGGAGCUGUUGGUGGAGCGCUGUCUGGCUGUGCUCUGGCAAUGCUGGAAAAAGAACAGGAGUCCAUUCUUAGCCCUUCAGAGAACCCUAGUGCCUUCAUGAGCAGCAGCAGCUUUCAGGCUGCCCCCCCGCAGGGCUACGAUGUGGAGUUUGAUCCACCGCUGGAGAGUAAAUACGAGUGCCCCAUUUGUCUCAUGGCUUUGAGGAACGCCAUUCAAACACGCUGUGGUCACCGCUUCUGCAAGAGCUGCAUUGAGAAAUCCAUCCGUGAUACGGGACAGAGGUGCCCAGUGGACAACGAAAUGUUGUCAGAAGACCAACUGUUCCCUGAUAACUUUGCCAAAAGGGAAAUUCUGUCGCUAACUGUUCGCUGUCCAAACUUGGGCUGUGCCGACAAGAUGGAGCUCCGGCAUUUGGAGGAUCAUUUGGUGCAUUGUGAGUUUGCCACUGUGCCUUGUCCACAGUGCCAGCAGUCUGUGAAAAAGAGCCAACUAGAAGAGCACAUAACUGUUCAGUGCCAAAAAAGACCCAUGUCAUGUCCAGACUGUGUGGCAUGCUUUCUUUAUGAGGAGAGAGAGCUUCAUCAGCAACAGUGUCCCUUUGCCAGUGUGAAGUGUCAGUACUGUGAGCUGGAGCUCGUCAGAGACCAGAUGGAGUCUCACUGUGACACAGAUUGCCCAAAAGCACCUAUUGCCUGUAACUUUAGCAUCUUUGGAUGUAAAGAAAGGAUGCAGCGCCACAACCUGGCUCAGCACAUGCAGGAGUUCACACAGAUGCAUAUGCGCUACAUGGCUGAAUUUCUGCGUGGCCUUAGCCUCAAUGGUACUACACCCAAACCCCUGAGGACUUUAGGACCUUCACUUUCCUCUGAGGAUCAAGGAGCUGCAGCAUCAGUACUGGCCUGUAGUGGGCCCAGAGGGGCUGCAGCUCUGAGCUGCAGUAGCAGUUGUGCUCCAGGUCCGUCUAGUGAAGAGAUGCAGCAGAGGCUCCGUGAGAUGGAUGGACGAUUGGUGAAGCAGGAUCACCAGCUGCGUGAACUCAUCAUCUUAAAAGACACCCAAGCAGGCCAGCUAGCAGAACUCAGGCGUAGAGUGUCCAUGCUGGAGGAUACAGUAAAAGAGCUGGAGGCCCAGCAUUGCAAUGGUAUCUUCAUCUGGCGCCUCAAAGGUUUUUCAGUCCACCUGCGGAACCAAGAAGCGGGCCAGCCAGUGGUUGAGCACAGCCCCGGCUUUUACACAGGCCGCCCGGGCUACAAGCUGUGCCUGCGCUUACACCUGCAGACCCCCAAUGCCCCUCGCUGCUCCAACUACAUCUCCCUAUUUGUGCACACCAUGCAAGGAGCUUUUGAUGGGCAGCUUACCUGGCCAUUUCAAGGAACCAUCCGGCUCGCCAUCCUAGACCAGGGCCCUGAGGGUCAGCAUCACAUGGAGGCAAUGGAGACUAAACCAGAUCUACAGGCCUUCCAGAAGCCGACAAUUCAGCGCAAUCCCAAAGGAUUUGGCUAUGUCACCUUCAUGCACCUGUCUCAGCUGAGUCAGAGAGCUUAUGUUAAAGACGACACUCUGCUCAUCCGCUGCGAGGUGACGCCACGUUUUGACAAUAUCCUUCACCGUGAGGGACCAGCUGUACAGCCAAGAGGACCUGAGGCAUUUGCUUCAAGAGACUAAAGUCGCACUCCUUUGUGUGGGAUCUUCCACAAGCUGACAUUUAUGGUACCUCUACCAGUGUUUUAGUAAUUCAGUAAAGUUCAUUUUUAAUUGAUGGUGAUCAAGUGGAAGAAAAAUUGACAUUAACAACCUUUUAAAAUAGUUAGUAUUUAUUUUUUUUCAAGAUCUCAAUGUUUGUUGUAAUAGAUGUACAGCAGAAUUCAUUUAGAUCAUUAUGAGAGAUAUUUACUUUAAAACUACGCUGUUAAGACCAUGUGAACUGUAUCUAAUCAGCUCAGCACCACAGGCUCUCUUGCUAUUGAUGUAGAACACAGCAUGAGGACUUUUAGGUUUUGGGGGUUUUGUUUUGGUUUUGGUUUUGGUUUGGUUUUUUACCUCUAGUGUCAUUUUUCAAUCAUUGUUUAAAGAGCAGAUGACUUUUUGGGUUUUUUUUUUUCCCUUGUCAUCUGCAAGUGUGUGCAGGGUAUGUGGAUAAUGUAUUGCAUAUUCUUAACAGCAGAGGAUGAAAAUGACAAUUGAGCAUUUUAUAAAAACCUAAGUGAACAGGCUUAAAUCCCUAGAAUCAGUUGUGGGAAUUUGUUGUAACCACAGUUGAUCAUAUGUUAUCUAAUAUUGAAUCAUGAACCAAAAAAAAGGGUCACUAGGUAACAAUGGAAAGUUAAACGCUUAUAAUAAUUAGCAUAGACACAAUCUUAUUUUCAUUCCCCUUAUGUGUGCUUAGUCUACUGACUCACCUUGGCAAGCCAAACCAAUGGAAGCCUAGAGCCCCCCCCCUCCCUCUCCAUCCUUGUAUAUUCUGGGUAAACAGCAUAUAUUGGAAACACUGGAGGUGCUAUUUAUCUUAGAAUAGAUGCAAAUGAACAAGUAAACCUGAAAAGGCGAAACAGAAUUCCAAGCAGUGAACUAACGCUGGCCAUUUUUCCUUUUAAUCAGGAACAAUCUCUCUGUUCCACUGUAGGACAAAGGGCAUUUGGGGGUGGUAACGUUCAAAAUUCCCUUUCAGAUGUUUUACGAAGAAAGUGAUGCAUUUGCCACAUUUGUGGCACGCCAGGAUCUCACACAGAGAAUUUUGAUGAGAAACACAGCAGUAACACAAAAGCUCCACAGGGGUAUCUUGUGAGAAAGGUCAUUGUGUGGAACAGAAUCAGCAAAAACUUAUUGUCCAUUCCAAAUGCCGCAUUUCAAGCGUCACUGCUUCUGCCCAUCCUGAUUUUUGAGGCAUCACUGUGGCACAAACAGCAAAAAUGAUGGACGGAUUACUCAAAGUGCCUUUUACUCAAGCUCCUAACUAAUGUAACCUUAAAUAAUUGAAGUGUAAAUGUGAAUGCAACAUUGUCACGCUCCAUGAAAUGCUAAUAAUUGAUUGGAUGAAUGAAAGCUGUCCUCCUAAACACAGUUACCACAGUGGAACAUUUAAUGUUUUCCUCUAAAGGACCCAAUAUUUUUAUAAAUAAAACACCAUUUCACUCAUUUAAGGUCCAUUUUCCCCUUAUUGGAUUAAAAAAUAUUUUUCAUCUCUCUCAGUAUUCUUCAGCUGUCUGUAUGCAGCCAUUAUCACUUUUAUUCAUCAAUGUAAGGAAAUUUUUUGUUGGCCCCAUAUCCUGGAUGUCCCGGUUUUGUUUUCUCUUCUUGCUUCGCUUCAUUCGCUGUUUGACUUUGAGAUGCAUCUGCAGCAGCGCCAUCUGUCUUGUCGCCUGCAAGAGACGCUAGAGAAUGACAUAUUAUUGCUUGGACUACAUCGAAAAGGCACAAAGCACUGUGUUUGAAUCUUUUUGCAUAAUUACUGUCAUUCUUCUCGCUGAUUUUUGACUCACUCGGAACUCUCGGCGCAUCCUUCCCACAUUUGAGUGUGCUCUGAGCAAAGCACUCAGCCAUCCAGGACAGCACCUCUCCGCAAUAUCUGACCUGGAGGAAAAAAAAGUCAGAGGUCACUGUUUUUAACUUAUAAACUACUUCUGCACUAGACUUUAAACUUGAAAUAGAUUUGGGAAAAUGCAUCCCUGGAUGGUGCUAUUGAGCUCAGUAUACCGUUUACCUGACUUUCCAUGGAUGCCAGUCGUCUCUCUUGGUCCUUAAAUCCACUGACAGUCUUCAGCAAGCUUUGAACCCUUGAUCCCAAACAAAGUCAUUUAGAACAUUUUAACCUUAAGAGACGCAGGUUGGUGCUGUGCAGGUACUACAAGAGUUUCUAACUUAAUUGCUUUGAGAAUAGCAUGCAAACUUUUGAGAAGAAUUAUAAAGUGACCGUUACUUUGAGGAGGUGCUCUUGAGUCUCUCCUCGCUGCUUUCCCAGUGCUGACGCUCUACUUUGGCCAGGUAAUUCUCUUUCUGCACCGUCUCCCAUGUUAUCAGCCUCUGGUCCAGCCCCGCCGGCAACUCCCUCUCUGGCAACACACAAAAGCAAGGAAGUGAGUAACCAAUUAACCUAAAAAAGUUCCACGUGGUGGGUGAAAGACAAAGAUAAGCCCGCCGUGUGUUUGCCUGUGUUUGAUUUGGUUUUUGUUUAGCCACCUAAGCCGCAGAGGACUCUUUCAAUGUCUGUUUCAAAUAACGGCUUAAUAGCCCCUAAUGAAAAAGUGUAUAUAGAGCCUUCAUACCAAGACGUUCCUGCUUGGACUCCGGCUGCUUAAUCAGGCUGAGGAAGAGCUGAGAGAGGUGGCUGAUGAUGAUGAAGGGUGGGGCCAGUGCUGGACGGCUGUGGUAUUCCACGAUCAGGUUAUAUCUUUGGAACUUCCAUAAGAUGUCUGUGUUGCCUUGCACUUCCUGGAAUGUGUAGCUGCAAAUAGGGGAAGAAGCAAGUAAACCAGUUUGUGUGUGUGUAUGUGUGUUUUUCUUUUUAAUUUUAUAAUUUCAAUAAGCCACUGGCUCAUCUCAUGUGAUCAGACGGGCAAAUGUAUGCACGUUUUCCUGGAUUCUCAUCCCCUGACCUGAACAUGGCAAUGAGGAGGUUCAUUAGCAGGACAUUGGUGACGAGGAGGUAGAUAACCAGCAACAGGAUGACCAGCCAGUUGGCAUAGAUGUUGGGACAUGGUGGCCGCAGGCC